GUGAGUAGGAGUCUCGUCUGCGAAUCACUUGUGGGUUUUAUUUGGACCAGAUUCAGAAUCCUUAUCAGACACGAAACCGGCAGCCAGCCUCUCUCCCAGUCUUUAUAAAAGCAGACACAGUGCAGGACUCAGCUAGAUCUGGACAAAGGGGUACUCUUUCAAGUCUGAUAUGCUACUGCUCAGGUUGAAACAGAGGACACCUGUGACAAUGACUCCAUCAGUUUUCUCUGCUUUUCUGCUGGCUUGUGCUCUCCCAUUCAAUUAUGCUCAGUCAAGCUGUAAUGGGCGAUGUGGAGGAGAGUAUUACAGGGGUUACAUGUGCCAGUGUGAUUAUGACUGUCUCACUCACGAUGAGUGCUGUAUGGACUACGAAUCCCAGUGCACCACCAGUGACGCGUGUAAAGGGCGGUGUGGUGAAUCCUUUAAGAGGGGAAGGCUGUGUGACUGUGAUCCUGACUGUGCACGGUACAACAAGUGCUGCCCAGAUUACAACAGUCAGUGUGGCAUAGAAGAGCCAGAACCAGAGCCUCCCCAGAUCCAACCAACUGAGGAGCCAGAGUUGACUCCCAAUCCACAGGAGGAACUAAGUGAAGAUGUGAAGGGUGAGACCUGGCCAGAUCUUCCUGUUCCCUCUCCUGAUACUGGGUCAGAGGAUCCAGAGGCAAGCCCUAACUCAGAGGACCCUGAAGCUGGUCUGGUGGAUCCAGAGGCAACUCCUAACCCAGAUGACCCUGAAGCAUCCCCUGCCCCAGAGAGCACAAGCGGGUCAGAGCUCUCUCCGACUGAGCCAGCCUCUUCAGACCCCUUAGACCCCUCGCUGGACACUACCCCCCCAACCACAGAUAUAGAGGAUGACCCUGAGAAGGAAGCAAUUUUAAAGGGGGACUACACACCCUUCCCUGAGGGAUUGGCUACAGAGGCAACACCAGGCUCAGAAGGGACUCCACCAGCAGCCAACCCCAACCCCUCCACUGCCGAACCAGCCAACGAGACCCCCACUGAGGCAACAGACUCCAGUGAUCCUGAGGGACAGCCUGAUUCCAGCAGCAGCCCGUCUGCAGCCGACCCAACUCCCCCUGGAUCCUCCUCUGAGCCCACCCCCGCCUCCCCAGUCGCCCUCCAGCCCUCCGACCAGGCCUCUCCGAGCUCAGAGCCCCAGCCUGGGCCUACUCCUACAGAGGACACCCCUGAACUCCUACCUGAAGGACAGAGUGAAUUGGACCCUGAAGGUCAGGAGGCAGAAUCUGAGAACACACUGCCAGAGGAAUCCGAACCCACACCCUCAAACGUAGAGAAUGCUGCCACCACCCCAGCCUCCACGCCAGCCUUUGACCCGGCUUCCAUCCCAGUUUCUACCAGCCCCACACAGGGCACACCCUCAGUCCCAGAGGAUCCUGAGACUACCCCUGCCUCUCCAGACAGCACCACCCCCUCCACCAAGCCUGACCAGACACCCAGUGCCCCUGAAGGAGCUACCCCAAGCUCAGAUCAGGACAGCCCCAAGGAGGAUGCCCCAACAACCACCCCCUCAGACCCACAGGAUCCCAAUGUGGCCUCUGAGCCACCAGCGUCUGAGAGUGGUUCUGAGUCUAAACCUGGUAGAGGGGACACCCCAGAUAGUUUUAAUGACAACAGUGUCCCCCAGACUGGAGAUCUGGCUACGCGUCCCACCACAGACCCAGCGGGACAAGAGGAAGGAGAUGAGGCAGCACCAGAGGAGACCACCAGCAACUCCAUGAAGCUCACUCCUUUCCCCACCACCAAACCCACCCAAAACAAACACACAGAGAAAACCAAGCCCAGUAAACCCACAGAGAAACCCAAGCCCAAAUCCACACAGCCAAGCACCUUCACGGAUAUCAACCAAGCUCUGGGCACAGACAACACCAGGGACUACCAAGCAGAUGAACACAAUGACACCAACAUCUGCAGCGGUCGUCCUGUCGGCGCGAUCACUACGCUGAGGAACGGGACCGUAGUGGUUUUCAGAGGACACUAUUUCUGGGUCAUGGAUAGUAACAGGAUGCCUGGACCUGCCCAUGGGAUAACAGACGUGUGGGGCGUCCCUUCUCCCAUCGACACCGUCUUCACCCGCUGCAACUGCCAGGGCAAGACAUACUUCUUCAAGGGUGCUAACUACUGGAGGUUUGAGAACGGCAUGAUGGACAUGGGCUACCCCAAGCUGAUCAGGGUGGGCUUCAAUGGGCUGCAAGGUCAGAUCACGGCUGCCCUGUCUGUGCCUGAGUACCGCAAGAGGAAAGAGUCUGUCUACUUCUUCAAGAGAGGAGGCUUGGUGCAGAAGUAUUCCUACCAGUCUGGCACCAGCCCUACAUGUGGCAGGAAGGUCCACUACUCUGCUUAUACCGUACAAAACCGCUUUGCCAGACAAGCAGUGUCUCUGCUGGGACAGGAGAUCAACAUCCGUCUGACCUGGAGAGGAUUCCCCUCCACCGUGACCUCCGCCGUGUCCAUCCCCACCUCCAGGAAACCUGAGGGAUACAACUACUACCUCCUCUCACGCUCCAAAUACUACAACGUCAAUAUGGGAGAUGAGCGGCCUUUCAUAGCUACUCCUCCAGUGAGCACCGCUCCCCAGAAGAACUCAGCCAAAUACUUUUUAAACUGUCCAAAGGAAGUCUGAGAAAAAACAGCCAGGACAAUCAAAAACAGAUUGGGUCACACAAACACACUAUUCUCACAGAUCGCAAACUUUAUUAUUCAUAAAACCAACAAAACAAUGCUUUAGCAAGGACUCAGCUUACAAACUUUAAGUACAAAAAAAUAUGAUUAAUCAACUUUAAUGAAAUGAUCAGGUGAUCCAUCAUGACUAGAACCGAUUCUAAAACGCAAUAUGUCAUUUUGAUUUAUGGUGACCGCGGGUGUUCUCUUUGGAACCAUGGUGACCAAUCUUGUAGCGCCAUGGAGACAGGAAUUAUGUCGGGGCAGGAGCUCUGAUUGGUUGUUUAUCUGGCGAAUCUCCUCCCAGUCCCAGUUACACCCCGUGAUGGCAAUGUACCUGUUUCCCAUCAAAAGACACAUACUGAUGAGACAAAGGUCUGCUUUACCAAUGUAAAAACAAUCACAUAAUGUAUAAUGUAUAAUGCAAAGACAAUGCUAAUGUAACAAUUUUACAUUAAAUGUUUUAUCUUCUGACUUAAAAUUGCUUCAACAUCAA